AUGGGCACCACCGCUCCCAACCCCGCCACCAAGGACAUGCCGGCGUUCCCCUUCCAGCGCGCCUCAGGGCUGGAACCCCCCGCCGAGUUUGCCCGUCUGCGUGCGACCGAUCCGGUCUCGCAGGUCAGGCUGUAUGAUGGCUCGGCGGCGUGGUUGGUGACCAAGUAUCGGGAUGUUUGUCGGGUGGCGACGGAUCGGAGGUUGUCGAAGGAGCGCUCCCGGCCUGGGUUCCCCGAGUUCAGUGAUGGUGGCAAGGCGGCUGGCAAGCAGCGGCCGACGUUUGUCGAUAUGGAUCCGCCCGAGCAUAUGAGGCAUCGGAGCAUGGUCGAGUCGUGGUUCACCCCUGAGAAGGUCAAAUCGAUGGAGCCGUAUAUCGACAAGACGGUGAAUGAUUUGUUGGAUCGAAUGGUGGCUAAGGGAUGUACCAAUGGACCUGUCGACUUGGUGGAGGAGUUUGCUCUGCCUGUUCCGUCAUAUAUUAUCUACACCCUUCUUGGUGUACCUUUCGAGGACCUGGAGUUUCUGACGCAGCAGAACUCGAUCCGCACCAACGGAAGUGCCACGGCGCGUGACGCGUCCGCAGCGGCCGAUGAACUGAUCCGCUACCUCACUGUGCUUACAAACAAGCGUCUAGAGGAGCCAAAGAACGACAUUGUAAGCCAGCUGGCAACGAACUACGUCAAGACCGGCAAGCUCGAAAAAGCCGAUGCCGUGCAGAUGGCCUUCCUCUUGCUGGUGGCUGGCAACGCGACCAUGGUGAACAUGAUCGCCCUCGGUGUUGUGACCCUGUUUCAGCAUCCGGAGCAGCUGGCCGAACUCAAGGCUGACCCGGCGAAGUGGGUCGGGCCCUUCGUGGAGGAGUUGUGCCGCUACCACACCGCCUCGGCGAUGGCCAUGAAGCGUACGGCCAAGGAGGAUAUCGAGAUCGGCGGCCAGCUCAUCAAGGCCGGCCAGGGAAUCAUCGCGUCGAACCAGUCGGCCAACCGUGACGAAGAGAUCUUCGAGAACCCCGACACGUUCAACAUGCACCGUAAGUGGCCCAAUGAGGAUCCGCUGGGCUUUGGAUUUGGUGACCAUCGCUGCAUCGCCGAGCACCUGGCCAAGGCCGAACUCAGGAGCGCUUUCACGUUCUUGUUCAAGAAGGCUCCCGGUUUGAAACUUGCCGUCCCGAUCAAGGAUAUUGAAUACACACCUUUGCAGCGUGAUGCGUUUUAUGUUCAGGAGGAGCAGGGAAGCAACACCUUCCGCGACGUGCCGCCCAACUUCGCUCGUACCUUUCUCAUGAGCAGGACGGGUUCUUGA